UUUUUAGAUUGUUUUUAUCAUUUCAUGCAUGAAAGAAGAGAAAAUGGAUGAUGAAAAUCAAGUUUUACCAGGAAAUAUUUACAAUCAAGCUGUGAAGGUAUAUUAUGCAGCAAGGGAUGGAAUGUCAUAUUCGCUCUGUGCACUCCUCAAUGAUAACUCACCUGGGAGAUCUGGUCUUCAUACGAAAGAAGAAAUUUGCAAUCUCCUUUCUCAGCAUGUUGAGGAUGAUGGCCAGAAAUGCACACCUCUCAUCAUAGCGGCUCGAAAUGGACACGACACAGUUGUCCGGCUCCUCCUGUCACGAUUCCAGCCUGAUCUGGAGCAGGAGGCCACAGUGAAGCUUGAGGGAAAUACCAUAGAAGGUGCCAGUGCCUUGUGGUGUGCAGCUGGAGCUGGUCACUUGAAGGUGGUGAAAACACUGGUGCGAGCUGGAGCAGAUGUGAAUCACUCAACAAAGACAAAAUCCACACCUUUGAGAGCAGCCUGUUUUGAUGGUAGAUUGGACAUUGUGAAGUAUUUAGUCGAACACAAGGCCAAUGUUCAUCUUCCAAACAAGUACAAUAACUCCUGCCUCAUGAUAAGUGCAUUUCGUGGACACUUGGAAAUAGUGCGAUAUCUCCUGGAAUGUGGUGUCGACCCAAACCAGAAAGCAAAGUGUGGUGCUACAGCCCUCCACUUCUCAGCUGGAUGUGGGCAUGUGGAGAUAGUGUCUGAACUCAUGACCUAUGGAGCAGAGAUGACAUACAACAAGCAUGGGAUGACACCCUUGCUUACAGCUGCUGAACGUACCCGAGAGGCUGUUGUCCGCUACCUCAUCCAGCGGCCUGAGGUUGACAAAGAACGACGCAUAGAGGCCCUAGAGCUCCUUGGUGCCUCAUUUGCCAACAGCAAGGAUAAUUACCACCCUUCUCUGGCUUAUCAUUACCUCAAGAAAGGUGAGGACCUGUGUUUAGCUAGAACUUCAUUCUGCCUUCAUUCAAGACUUCCACUGGGAGAGGGAGAGUAUGCUCAUUGCUUGGAAGGUUUUGAAUGUCCUAGGCAAGCACUCUUUUUAAAUUUUGCUGUGGAAUUUACCAGUUCUGAACCCUACAUUUCAGCAAUGGAAGAGCGCUUGAGUGAUCCUGGCUGCAUUGUAGAAAAACCCUUCAUCGAUCCGAUUGUGGCAUAUGACUUCCAUCAGGAAUCAAGAACUCUGGAAGAGUUGGAGCAGAUCCAGUUUGAUACAGAUGCUCUUCACAUGGAAAGCCUGGUUAUUCGGGAAAGGAUUCUUGGACCUUACAAUCCAGAACUCACUGAUCCCAUAAUCUACCGAGGUGCAGUGUGUGCAGACAUGGCCCAGUUUGAGCGAUGUAUAGCCCUAUGGGCCCAUGCCUUGAAACUCAGGCAGAAGAUCUACAGCUCUGUGAUGAAGGACCUCCUUCGCUUUGCACAGGUGUUCUCCCAAAUGCUGCACGUUGGUGUGGAGUUGACCUCUGGCCAUGUUCUUAGUGUCCUGUCAGCAGGUGUUGAUGAACUUGAGCGCAACCACCAGCGGCUUCACUCUCUGACUUCAAAUGCUGAAGACAUCAAUGAGGCCAUGGCAAGUGAUGAGCUGGAGAGCAACAUGCACACAGUGCUGUACCUAUUGGUGAUAGCAGGUCAAUUGAAGUUCCCAGAAGGUGAUGAAAGGACCCAGUGCCCUGUCCGGCAGAUCAUUUAUCGUCUCAAUCGUAUUCCAUUGAAGACAAGACAAGGACGAAGCCUCCUUCACUUGGCAUGCUGUGCCUCUACUCCUGUUGAUGACUUUCACACUAAUGAUGUCUGCCGAUUUCCCUGUGAUACUACUGCUCAACUGCUGAUUGAAUGCGGUGCUGAUGUAAAUGCAAUGGAUGCUGACCGAAACACACCUCUUCAUCUCAUUGUUGGGUACCUCAAUGCCAUCAGUGAUUUCAUGACCUUGCACAACAUCAUCCUGUCUCUGCUGUCAGCUGGAGCACAUGUGGAUGUGGUGAAUGUGAAAGGCAAGACCCCAUUCCAAGCAGCUUCAACUGGUGUGGCUGAGAUAAUUCUAAAGACUCAGAUGCAGUUGAGCCUCAAGUGCCUUGCAGCCAAAGCUGUUAACAACUUCCACAUAGCAUAUCACGGGACUGUCCCUGUUGACUUGGAAGGAUUCAUCCAGCUUCAUGGCCCAGGGAUGGGAUGAGUUGAAAAAAAAAACAACAGUCUUUGUUCCCUAUCUUCCUGUGACAGUGACAUCUGUACCUUGUUCAACUGGGACUAGUCAGAUGCUUGAAACCAUAUAAAUCCCUUGCUUUCAUAUGUUCUCAUGUGGUGCAAUAUUUUUCUCUGAUGCAUGAAAGGUG